CCAGCCUGCCUCGGAGCAGGGCUUCCUCCGGCUGUAGGAGUCACUCGUAGGGCCGGGAGGACCGAAAAGAUGCAGAACCACUGACUGUGUAGCAAAUGCCCGGAAAAGAUUUGGGAGUUCAUUUUUAUACUGGUGAAGAUCAAUUAUAAAUUUCUUCUACUGAGUUGUGAAAUUCUGUUUAAUCUUCAAACUGGCGAUGUCAAGGGUGCCGAGUCCUCCUCCUCCGGCAGAAAUGUCGAGUGGACCUGUAGCAGAGAGCUGGUGCUACACUCAGAUCAAGGUGGUGAAGUUUUCCUACAUGUGGACCAUAAACAAUUUCAGCUUCUGCCGAGAAGAAAUGGGUGAGGUCAUCAAAAGCUCAACCUUUUCAUCUGGAGCCAAUGAUAAACUCAAAUGGUGUUUACGUGUGAACCCUAAAGGCUUGGAUGAAGAAAGUAAAGAUUAUCUAUCCCUCUAUCUGUUGCUGGUGAGCUGUCCAAAAAGUGAAGUUCGAGCAAAGUUCAAAUUCUCCAUCCUGAAUGCUAAAGGAGAAGAAACAAAAGCAAUGGAGAGCCAGCGAGCAUAUCGAUUUGUACAAGGCAAGGACUGGGGAUUCAAAAAAUUUAUUAGGAGAGACUUUCUUUUGGAUGAAGCCAAUGGACUUCUUCCAGAUGACAAACUCACUCUCUUCUGUGAGGUGAGUGUGGUACAGGACUCUGUCAAUAUCUCCGGCCAGAACACUAUGAACAUGGUGAAGGUACCAGAGUGCCGCUUGGCAGAUGAGUUGGGAGGACUCUGGGAGAAUUCACGCUUCACGGACUGCUGUCUGUGCGUUGCAGGCCAGGAGUUCCAGGCUCACAAAGCCAUACUAGCAGCACGUUCCCCAGUUUUCAGCGCCAUGUUUGAGCAUGAGAUGGAAGAGAGUAAAAAGAAUCGGGUUGAAAUCAAUGAUGUGGAGCCUGAAGUUUUUAAGGAAAUGAUGUGCUUUAUUUACACGGGGAAGGCACCAAAUCUUGACAAAAUGGCUGAUGACUUGCUGGCAGCUGCUGACAAGUAUGCUCUGGAACGUCUGAAGGUGAUGUGUGAGGAUGCACUGUGCAGUAACCUGUCUGUGGAAAAUGCAGCUGAGAUCCUCAUUCUAGCUGACCUACAUAGUGCUGAUCAACUGAAAACUCAAGCAGUGGACUUCAUUAACUAUCAUGCUUCUGACGUCAUGGAGACAUCAGGCUGGAAGUCUAUGGUAGUAUCGCAUCCCCAUUUGGUGGCUGAGGCAUACCGCUCUUUGGCCUCUGCACAGUGUCCCUUUCUGGGACCCCCACGUAAGCGACUGAAGCAAUCCUAAAGUCCUGUCUGUCACACCACCCCAUGUUUUUCUGGAAGCAGCAUCAGCUGUUGCUGCUGUAACCUUGACCACCAGGUAGACAGCGAAAUCUGUGGAGCUUUUACUCUGUUGUUGGGGGGAAGAGACUGCUUCGUGACACCCAGACUUUUUAAAACAGCACCAAGUAACUUGGGGAGAGGGGGGAGGGUGGGC